GUGUGAUUUCUCAAACUCCACCAUCACUCCACCGGAGUUUCCUCACCGUGAAGAACAGCAACACAAAAAUGGUGAACACUAACAGCAUCAGGGUCACAACAACAACAACAACAACAUCCCUCUCUUCUCUUCUCACAACAAAACCCCAUUUUCUUAUACCUUCAAAUCUCAAAUUCAAUCCCAAACCCCUCAAACCCAUAACCACCUCUUCAAGACCCAACACCCCACACAUUCCCAAAUCCCUCACCGAAGAUGCCGCCGCAGCCACUGCCGCAACCUCCGCCGUCGACGCCGCCAUCUCUCCCCGAAACCUCAAGUCCCGCCUCCGAAACGGCGACACCCUCUACGGCCUCUUCCUCUUGUCCUUCUCCCCCACAAUCGCCGAGAUCGCCGGCCUCGCUGGCUACGACUUCGUUGUCGUCGACUUGGAGCACGGCCACGGCGGCAUCUCCGACGCGCUCCCCUGUCUCCACGCGAUCGCGGCGGCGGGAACCGCCGCCAUCAUCCGCAUCCCCGAGACCUCCGCCAUGUGGGCCAAGAAGGCCCUUGACCUGGGCCCACAGGGGAUAAUGUUUCCAAUGAUCGAAUCCGCAAAAUGGGCUCGCAAAGCGGUGUCGUAUUGCCGGUUCCCGCCGGGUGGGGUUCGCGGGUCGGCCCACCCGGUGGUUCGGGCUUCCGGGUACGGCAUCGACGAUGGGUACCUUGGUAGUUACAUGGAGGAGUUGUUGGUUAUGUGCCAGGUUGAAUCGGAGGAAGGGGUUGAGAAUGUUGAUGAGAUCGUAGCCGUUGAUGGGGUUGAUGUGGUGCAAAUGGGGCCGUUAGAUCUUAGCGCUAGCUUGGGGUGUUUGUGGGACCCAGGGAACAAGAAGGUGAAGGAGGUGUUGAGGGAAGCUGAGAGGAAGGUGUUGGAGAGCAAGGAGAAGGUUUACCUUUCUGGUUUUGCAUUGCCGCAUGAUGGGCCUCAGGAUCUCAAGUCACGUGGAUAUCACAUGGUGUCUGGUGCUGUGGAUGUUGGUUUGUUUAGGAGUGCUGCUGUUGAGGAUGUCGAGAGUUUCAAGAUGAGUUUGACCGAGGAAGGUUCCGAUGGUGAUCGUGGUGAUGAGAAGUACUGGAGUGAAUGAAUCCUUGAUCAGUAUUUCAAGGAAAUAGUUGCUAUAUGCCUUUGUGAAACAUCAAUCAAGCAGGCCACGAGUUGAAAUUAUUGAGUCACUCCUUCAAACAAGCUAAGCCUCCUGAGCUUUGAUGGAAGAAAUUGUACACUGAGCUAGCCUGUUUUUCAAAUAGUGUAAUCGCACUCUUGGUUUGCUGUAGUACAUUCUGAUACUAUGGUGC